AUGGAAGCUGGCUACGGCGCCCAGAUGAGCUCGCUCAGCCGUGGCAGAACUCUCAGCAGGCCUGAAAGAUAUCAGGCAACAACUCCUAUGUUGCCUGGUAAUAAAAAAGAUUCUUUUGAUUUAUGGGUGUUUUUUUCUAGAUUUAUCACUUUUUGGGCGCCCGGAACACUUUUAUCAUCCGUGUUCGGCCUCCCGGAUAAACAAUCACGACAAGCCUGGCGUGAAAAAAUUACUUUGUGCUUUAUUGCACUUGUUAUGAGCGGCAUUGUCGCCUUCUUGACCGUUGGUUUCACUGCUGUACUGUGUCCCCCUUCUCAAUCUAAUAAUCCCGAUAAAUUCUUGAGGUUCGGAGAUUCAUCAGGCCAUGUCGGUAUCCUGGGAUGGCAAUUCAACGUAACAAACGCAGCGAAUCCCCCCAAUUUUAACUUUUUAGCUUUCGCACAGAAAAAAAGUGGAUCGGAUAUAACCAAUUUCUUUUUCCGAAACAACAGCGAAAUACCAAGUUGCCAACUUCCAUCGUUAUCAAGUUUCAAAGCCGUCUCAAUGCCAACUUGCCAAAAUUCUUCUUGUAUCCUUGGUCCAAUUAGCACUGCCAAUAUUAAGCAAUACAAUAUUUUCAACACCACGAAAAGGGUCGGAUAUGAUUGGAGUCAACUAAUCAACCUAACAAAUUACUUGGUUAUCGACGGAAACGUGCUCAAUCUUGAUCCAUACAUUAAAACGUAUCCAAACCCAAUACUCAACGACACCAUGGACAUUGUCAUUCGCAAAGUUUUGUCCACCGGCAACACCAAUGGUGGAAAGGAUGCCACUCGCCUGUUCUUUGGCAGAGAGAAUUUGAAGCUUGGUGUCAAUUGUCUUGUUAACAAAUAUUACGCCGGAAACAUUGACAAGCAAACAAUCGGAUGUUUCACCUCUCAACUCUUCUUAUAUGUUUCACUGACUGUUAUUCUGGGAGUGGUCUUGUGUCGGUUUGCGAUGGCUUGCGUAUUCGAUUGGUUCAUCUCCCAUCGUCUUGCUCACACUCCCAAAAAGAGAGGUCCCUCGGGUCAAGAAUUUAUCGGUUCUAAUCAACCUUGGAGUGGCGGUGACGGUGUUUCCAAGGUAAUGAGUAUGGAUGAGGUUGGGAACGAUUUGUUCACCGUCUUGCUCGUCACUUGUUACUCUGAGGACGAGGCUGGCAUCAGGUGCACUUGUGAAUCGAUGGCUUCCACUGCCUACCCCGAUGAUCGUAAAUUGUUGUUCCUCAUUUGCGACGGUAUCAUAGUUGGCAGUGGCAAUGAUAAGAGCACUCCGGAUAUUUGUGUUGAUCUCAUGGAAAUUGAACCCGAGUUCGAGAAUCCCAAACCACAAAGUUACAUCGCUGUGGCCUCGGGAACUAAGCAACACAACAUGGCCAAAGUCUACGCUGGACAUUUUCGCUGGAACGAACGUCGCGUUCCCAUGAUCUGCGUCGUCAAAUGUGGUAAUCCAGGCGAAGAGGGAAAAGCAAAACCCGGUAAUCGAGGAAAACGCGAUUCACAAUUAAUUUUGAUGAACUUCUUCAGUCGAGUCACCUAUAACGACCGAAUGUGCGCCUUGGAUUAUGACCUAUUCAAAAAGAUUCAUCGCUUGAUGGGUGUCACCCCGGACUUUUUUGAAAUCGUAUUGAUGGUGGACGCUGACACAAAGGUUUAUCCUAAUUCCUUAAGAUUAUUAAUCAACUGCAUGUGCAACGAUCCUCUCAUCAUGGGUCUCUGUGGUGAAACCAAGAUUGCAAACAAACGAGACUCUUGGGUGACUGCCAUUCAAGUUUUCGAAUAUUACAUUUCCCAUCAUCUGGGUAAAGGUUUUGAGUCCGUGUUUGGUGGUGUCACCUGCUUACCCGGUUGCUUCUGUAUGUAUCGUCUCAAAGCACGCAAGGGAAAUAACGAUUGGGUACCAAUUAUUACAAAACCUGAGAUCGUUCAAGAGUAUUCUCAAAACGUUGUCGAAACACUCCAUCAGAAAAAUCUGUUGCUCCUUGGUGAAGAUCGUUUUUUGACAACACUCAUGUUACGUAAUUUCCCGCACCGUAAAAUGAUGUUCUGCCCGCAAGCCAUCUGUAAAACCGUGGUCCCCGAUAACUUCCGGGUUUUACUCUCUCAGCGUCGUCGUUGGAUCAACUCUACCAUCCACAACCUCAUGGAACUUGUUCUUGUUCGAAAUCUUUGUGGAACCUUCUGUUUUUCCAUGCAAUUUGUCAUCUUCAUGGAGUUGAUUGGUACUGUGGUACUUCCCGUUGCCAUCAUUCUUACUUACACAUUGAUUGUUUCCAUGUGUCUACACCCACCAAAAAAUCUCUCCGAUGCUAUUCCGUUGAUGAUGUUGGUAAUGGUUCUUGGACUACCGGCACUGUUGAUCCUUAUCACCACUAGGAAAUUGGUCUACAUCGCCUGGAUGGUUAUCUACCUUUUGGCUUUGUUCGUAUGGAAUUUUAUCUUGCCAACAUAUGCCUACUGGCAUUUCGACGACUUCUCGUGGGGUGAGACCCGAAAAGUAGAAGGCGAAGCCAAAGGUGACGAUCAUGGUAAAAAAGAGGGUACCUUUGAUGCCUCCAAGGUUCCGUUGAAACGUUGGGAAGAUUGGGAACGUUCGCGACUCCGAAAGAUCAAACAUCAGGAACGCCAAAGGAUGCAAAACACGAUGCAUGUCCCAGCGCAUUUGACGCAUCAAGUUGUGAGCGGCGAAGAUGACCAGAAACGCCAAUUAUUAUCUCAUUAUGAGGGUGAAUAUUAUGAAGGAGAAUCAGUCGACACAGAUGACAUUGGAAACCAACAACAAUAUUAUGAUUACUCUUCAAAUAUAACAUAUCCACAAGUACAAUAUAACAACCCACAGAACACAUCGCCAUAUCUAUCACAACAAUACCCACCACAGAACACAUCGCCAUAUCCACCACAACAAUACCCACCACAGAACACAUCGUCAUAUCCACCACAAUCCUAUGAACAUCAGUUCAAUCAACAAGGAAAUCCACAGCAUCUUGAACGCGCGCCAUCUCAAGGUUAUCCUUACGGCGGAAAUUAG